CCUGCGGAACAACGUACCUUAAUGGGCAAUCCCUUCCUUUAAUUGUUGCUGGCCCCAAAACGAUGCAGUGGGGGAGCGCAAAAGACACCAACUGCAAUGAAAGCACUUUCUAAUUGUUAAGCCAAAGUAAUGUCUCAAUUGGGAUGCACAGCAGAGCAAGAGAGUAAAUCUAUGGUGCCCAUCAAUAUGAUGGUGAUUGCUCCAGACACCACCCAAUGCAGUGGUGGUGAUGAUGGGCAUAGAACUGUGGAGUGUUUGAGGGGGAGAUUGCUUGCAGAGAGAGAGGCUUCUAAGGCUGCAAAGCAUGAAGCACAGCAAAUGGCCAAAAGGUUGGAGGAGAUAGAAAAGAGGCUAGAUGAAGAGGUCAAAAGCAGGGACAGAGCUGAGAGAAAGCUAAAGCAUGCUCUGAAGAAGUUGGAAUCUUUGAAGAUCUUGGAUGUUGGGAGCAGCUGGGAUCUCUCUUCUUCUUCUUCUUCUUCUUCUCCGCUGCCGCCGUCGUCGUCGUCGCCAUGCUUAUCCGGUUAUCGGGCAUCGUCGGAAGAGAAGAAGCCGAAUUCUUCGGCGACGGAUUCGGAGCAGUGUGGGUCAAUUGAAGCGGGGAGAGAAGAUGUUUUGGGUCCAACGCAUUCGGAAGAGGAGGUUGAAGGGAGCUUGUGCUCACCUGGGACUCUGCAAUCUCAUAACUCAGCAGAGCCUAAUAAGAUGAAAAGUGAACCCAUUAGAGAUUGCACUAGCCAACACGAUCAUGUUGAUGAUGCCAGGCUAGAGACGAUGGAACUCCAAAGUGAGCAUGACGAGGAUAAUAAGAUGGCGAUAGUUCCUGUUAAUUUCAAGCUGAACACAGAGAUCUACACGGCAAACACAGAGAUCUGCACAUCGAAGAAGAUGAAUCAAGAUGUGCAGGGUGUUCUUCUUGCCCUAAGACAAGUCAGAGAGCAACUGCAAUACUACAUUGCGCGAAGAUCCAAUUUUUGUUCCCAGAAUGAGCUUCACGAGCUUCACGGCCAGCAAGGGAAGUUCUCAUCGAAAAUUUUGAGAAUGCCAUAAAGACUUUGAUCAGCUAGCAUAGAAAUAUGUAGAAAGGAGUUCGGAGUGGAUAGGUUUUUAUAUAUAUAUAUAUAUACAUAUUCUCAUCGGGCUUCUGUUUUGAAUCAUGCAUUAGUAAUGCAACGAUCCAUCGAAGUUAACUUUAUAGUUCAUCGUGCCUCGAAAGGAAUAAAACAGUGGAGGUGUUUGUUUGAUUUA